CAGUGUGUUUGAGCGGACGAGUGCUUCCAUCUUAAUUCCGAUCCAACAGAUCACUAACGAUCAUCGGAAAUUUUGCGAUUUGUAACGGGUCGGCUAAGAACCUCUCCCAAGUAGACGCGAAUCCAACCGCCGAUUGAUCUCUCACGAGAGAUCUUCUGAACAUCCUUAAGAUUGCAUUAAAAACAUCGCCUCUCAGGCGACCGACAAGCAUUAGCGUCUCAACAUUCGAGGCGAACGGUAAAGUGAGCGAAAGUGAUCUGGAACCGUGCCCGGUGGCGAAGCAAAAGGUUAUCAGUAUGGCGAUUCACAGCCGACUUCCCCUGUUGCUGCUGCUGUUGAGCGUACUCACGGUGCGUAGCGAAACUCUAAAAUGUGGAAAACGAUUGUUAAAUGUACAGGGUCUAGUAAGGGGAGGAACGGAUGCCCUUCCGGGUGACUAUCCUUGGCACGUGGGAAUCUUUAACUACAGACGAGUAAAAACUUCGGACAUGUUCACGUACAUAUGCGGUGGAACGAUCAUAUCACCUAACUUUGUGUUAUCAGCCGCACAUUGUGUAGUGAGUAGCGCAAGAGCCGAUCUUUGGAAGCACCCCGAACUGUUCUAUUUCAGAGCUGGCGCACACAACAUAAAAAACGAAACUGAUGGCCACAACUAUAACGUGUCGGAGAUAAUAGUGCAUCCUAAGUUCAAUCAUGAAACAUUCAACAACGACAUUGCGUUGCUUCGCUCGAGCGGCGACAUAUCGUUCGAUAAUCCGAGCAAGGUGUUCCCUAUUUGUGUACCUCCAGCGAAAGCAGAUAAGGGUGCAACCAUACAGGAGCUAUUGGGCAAGAAAGGUUUUGUCGUCGGUUGGGGAACUACCGAGGAUGAAGCAACGAGCCGGAUUUUACAACAAUUAGAGGUCAGUGCGCUCAGCAUGGAUAGCUGCCGUAGCAAGGUUAAAGAGCAUAAUCGCAAGGUUUUGGACUGGGAUGUGAUGUUUUGUGCGCGCGGCGAGGUGAGCGAUACGAACGUCUGCACUGGUGACAGCGGUGGAGGGUUAAUCUACUUCAAGAAUGAAAUUGGGUACCUCCGAGGCAUUGUGAGCUUUGCUCCACGUGAACAGUUGGAAGACGGUUCGACAGGCUGUGACCCGAAUGGUGUCGUUGGCUACACUGACGUUGCGCGUUACAUUGAUUGGAUCGAAGAGUAUAAGAAAAUUGUCGCUCUGCGAAACUUGCUGAAUGAACCAAACUGUGGUAUCGACCCACACGAAAACACCGAGAUCGAAACGGAGAAACCUGUAUUCAACCAAUACCCUUGGAAUGCAUUGCUGGAAGUAUACCGGGAUACUGAUAAACAGACGCCUAUAUUUUAUUGCGGUGGCGUGUUAAUACAUAAACGGUUUGUGUUGACGGUUGGCCAUUGUGUAACUGGCAUUCCCAAGCAUUAUACACUGAAAUCCGUACGGCUAGGAGAGUUCAAACUGUUCUCACCGGAAGACUCUGUGGGUGAUAGUAAGAUUAAACACCAAUCGAUCGACAUCAAACAGAUCAUUCACAAUCCCAAGUUCAAUAAGCCUCAGUAUAGCAACAAUCUGGCCUUGAUUGAACUGGUGCACGAUGCGGACACCUCAAAACCUAACAUAAAGCAUAUCUGUCUACCGAGUCGCGUCGAGUACGUACAGACCAAUAUAAUGUUAACCGGAUGGAAACGGAACAAACAGCUCUACCCGACGCUUUCGCGAAAUAUGAUGAACUGGACCUCGACUGAUGAGUGCAGAUCGCAGUACAAGGAGAAGGGUGUACAGCUGCCUGAAUCAUCGGAUAUUGUUUACGGUACAUUCAAUGAUCUACCGGAAAAACACUGUGACAACUAUGGCGCUGGCUCCGCUCUGCAGUACAUCAAACACUCGGACGGAAAGCGACGCUACUUCUUGGGCGGUUUGAUGACGUUCAACUUUCCGGCAUGCCGCUCAGAGAGUUGCCAAAUGUUCGCCACCACCCUCAGCAGUGGUUCGUGGAUUCAGGAGACGGUGAAUAAGGCCGAGACGCUUAGCGAAUAGUCAAUUAAUGUAGAGUGUGUUGUUUGGCGGUACUUAUGUGUGGAAUGGUUACGAGUUUCAGACGAAAGAUGAUCGUUAAUGAUCAGUUAUGGAUAAUAAAUCAACAUUGUAUCAAAGAGAUCCCAACAAGUACGACACAAUGACGAUUUGCUUCACAUUACAUAACUUUUCCCACUCAUAAAGAUGUUGUAAAUAA